AACUGCUCUACUCACGCCGGGUGCUGCCUGCCUGCCUGCCUCUGAGUGUGUGGAAGUGCCGUUUUGAACUUGAACUGAAACAUGAACCCAAUCGUCACUCAGCCGGGCUAUGGCAUGAGCGCCCCCAUGUCCAGUGACUGGCAGACAGGCACCUUCGACUGCUGCAGCGACAUGGGAGUUUGCCUGUGCGGGACCUUCUGCACGCUGUGCCUAUCCUGCCAGAUCGCCUCCGACAUGGACGAGUGCUGCCUGUGCGGGGCCAGCGUGGCCAUGAGGACCCUGUACCGCACCCGCUACGGCAUCCCGGGAUCUAUUUGCAAUGACUUCUUGAUAAUGGGAUGUUUCCCUUGCUGCGCACUUUGUCAACUCAAGCGAGAUAUUAAUAGAAGAAAGCAAAUGAAUGCUUUUUAGAAGGUUCUUGAUGAAACGCAGAAUGGGGAACGAAGGCUGAAGUAAGGCUCCACAGCUGUUCGUGCUAUUUUCCCUCACAUCUUAGGAAAAAAUUCAACGAAUCAAAUGGUUUCUAAUGGCUUCGGAGCACUUUUGAUUUCAAGAAUUUGGAGGGACAAAUAUAUUUCUUGCUGUAUUUUCCAAAAUGUCUGCCUCUACCACUCACGCUGGUGGUAUUGGAACAUGAAAUGUUUGACGCAGCCCUACAAUGAAUGACUUUGUAAAUCACAGUGUUUGUAAU